AUGUCUCUGUACAACUUGGCUAUCUUCUUACUUUUUCUGGUAACCUUACUGUGGUUUAUACAUGGUCUGAUACUGACAUUGCUACCAUUCAAAUCAAAUGGCCGCAAAUUACCACCAGGUCCCCGAGGCCUACCGUUCAUCGGAAGCUUAUACUUGUUAGGUAAGCUUCCUCACCGUUCCCUUAAUGACUUGGCAAAGAAGUAUGGUCCAAUAAUGUCCAUGAAGUUAGGAAAUGUCACAACAAUUGUUGUCUCGUCUCCCGAGUUUGCGGAGAAGGUCCUCAAGACUCAUGACCUGGUUUUUGCUAGCAGGCCUCAUACGGAAGCUAGCAAGUAUCUAUCUUACGAACACAAAGCUCUGGCAUUUGGCCAAUACGGACCUCAUUGGCGUAACGUUAGAAAGUUGUGCACACUGGAGCUAUUUAGCGCGAAGAAGAUUGAUUCUUUAUCAAAAAUGAGGAGGGAGGAUGUCGUGCUGAUGGUGAAUACAAUUAAAGAGGCUGCGAUGGCACGACAAGUGGUGGAUAUCAGUGAUUUAGUUGGAGAUGUGAUUGGGAAGAUGAUUUAUAGGAUGUUGUUGAUGGGAAAAAGUGACCACAACGGCAACAACUAA